AUGGCUCCAUCUACGACAAUGAAGGUUGCAAGCUGGGAAACUACCGGUACCAUUUCCACUGUUGACAAGCAAAUCCCAGAACUCAAGCCUGGUUACAUUCUUGUACGAGUCACCGCUUCUGGUAUUUGUGGCACGGAUUUGCAUAUUUGCAAGGGUGAGACCCCACAUGCCACGCACAAAGUGACUAUUGGACACGAGAAUGCAGGCUUUGUGGAGCAAAUCCAUCCUGACACGGUGACCACUGUCAAGCAAGGCGACUUGGUAGCCAUUGAUCCCAACAUUCCUUGCCACGCUUGCACUUUUUGCCGCAACAAGAAAUACCACUUGUGCCCCAAGCUUAUUUGUUUGGGCGUCUCCGUCAAUGGUGGUAUGGCAAAGUACAUGGCUGCACCUGCUGAAGCUGUUUUCCCCGUUCCUCAAUCGGUGGGUCCUGUGACAGCAAGUUUGGCUGAACCCUUGUCGUGUGUGAUCCAUGCUGUGGAUACUGGUAGCAUCAAAACGGGCGAUCAAGUGCUUGUGAUGGGUGCUGGUCCUAUUGGUUUGAUGACGCUUGGUCUUGCAAGUCUUGCUGGUGGUCGUGUCACUGUGGUCGAACCUAGCAAAAUGCGUCGUGAAAAGGCCUUGGCUUUUGGUGCUGCUGAAGUAUUGGAUCCUGAAGAGCUCAAGUUGGGUGAUCCUUGCAUGGGUGAUGGCUUUGAUGUGGUAUUUGAAUGUGUGGGUCGUCCUCAAACUAUGGAGCUUGCUGUCAAUUGUGCAAAGGCUGGAGGUACCGUUGUGUGGGUUGGUGUUGCCAAACCCGAUGUCACCAUCCCUGUUUCACCUUUCAACGUAUACCGCCGCGAGCUCACCAUCAAAUCCACUUACACCAAUCCUUAUGGUAUGGAGCGUGCUAUCAAGGUCCUUGCCGAAAACAAGCUUGAUUGGGGAAGCCUCAUCACUCAUUCCUUCACUUUGGAUCAAUUUGAGGAAGCAUGGAAGGUGUUUUUGGAUGGCUCAGGUCUCAAGGUCUGUGUUCGACCCAACGAACAGUAA